GGAUUAGAAUGGCCGAAGUCACGAGCGUCGAGCAAGUCCAGGUACAGCUGGAAGCGAAGGCCAAGGUCGAGGAGGCCAAGGCCACGGUGGCCAAGGCCGCGCCCGCGCCGCGCGUCUACGAGUCCAAGCUCGCCGAAGUCCGCGAGUGGAAGAAAAGCACGUUGAGCCUCGAAGAGCGCUUUGAAAUCUGCCGCAGCGUCGGCGAGGAGUGCAUCAAGGACGAAGAGCUCAAGCUCCUCCUCGAGAAGAAGGACCACCCGAUCUGCUACGACGGCUUUGAGCCCUCGGGCCGCAUGCACAUUGCCCAGGGUAUCCUCCGCGUCAUCAACGUCAACCGCCUCACGAGCGCGGGCUGCAUUUUCCGCUUCUGGGUCGCCGAUUGGUUUGCGCUCCUCAACAACAAGAUGGGCGGUGACCUCAAGAAGAUCCGCAAGGUCGGCCAGUACAUGAUUGAGAUCUGGAAGGCCGCCGGCAUGAACAUGGACAACGUCCAGUUCCUCUGGGCCUCGGACGAGAUCAACGCGCAUGCGGACGAGUACUGGACGCGUGUCAUUGACGUGGCGCGCCGCUUUAACAUUGCGCGCAUCCAGCGUUGCUGCACGAUCAUGGGCCGCAAGGAGGCCGACGACAUGAGCGCGGCGCAGCUCAUGUACCCGUGCAUGCAGUGCGCGGACGUCUUCUUCCUCAAGGCGGACAUUUGCCAGCUCGGCUUGGACCAGCGCAAGGUCAACAUGUUGGCCCGCGAAUACUGCGACGAAGUCAAGAUCAAGCACAAGCCGGUCAUCAUUAGCCACCACAUGCUCAUGGGCCUGAAGCAGGGCCAGGAGAAGAUGAGCAAGAGUGACCCGGACUCGGCCAUCUUCAUGGAAGACACGGCGUCGGACGUGAGCCGCAAGAUCAAGAAGGCGUACUGCCCGCCCGGCCAGGUCAACGACAACCCGAUCAUGGACUACAUGAAGCAUAUCAUCUUCCCGCUCUUCACGACGGGUGUCACGGUCAAGCGCAAGGAAGACUUUGGCGGCGACAAGACGUACCUCACGUACGAAGAGUUGGCGGCCGACUACGCGGCCGAGGCCAUCCACCCGGGUGACUUGAAGCCGACGUUGACCGACUACCUCAACCAGAUCUUGGAACCGGUGCGCCAGCACUUUAGCCAGGGCGAAGCCAAGAAGCUCCUCGCCGAGAUCAAGAAGUUCAAGAUCACGAGAUAAACAACCAGGAACGCAUGACCUGUGCAAGCGGUCGUCAUCGUCGUCCUGCAAACAUCAGACAAUCAUGUAUUUUGUGUGCUUGAA